AUGGAUCAGUUCUUCGAUGAUAUGACUCGUGGGUCCCUUCUUCCAUAUUGGAGAGAUGCUGACCAUAAUUCAUUCAAUUUCUCGGAUACUAUUGGAGAAAUCAUCAAUGAUGAUACCAAGUAUGCUAUUCAACUGGAUGUCUCUCACUUUAAACCAGAAGACCUCAAAAUUGAAUUGAAUGGAAGAGAGCUGAAAGUCGAAGGAUCACAAGAAACCAAAUCAGAGCACGGAUACUCGAAGAGAUCGUUCUCCAAGAUGGUUCUUCUUCCAGAAGACGUCGAUUUGACUGCAUUGAAAUCAGCAAUUUCAAACGAGGGAAAAUUGCAAAUCGAGGCACCGAAGAACACAAACACUUCUCGUUCCAUUCCAAUCAAUCGUGUUGCAAAUCAUUAA